GGCUGUGAUGGGUUGACAGGUGUGUGACAAUCGGAGCUCUCUGCAAGCAUGUACGCCAAAGGCAAGAGUAACCACGUACCGUCCGACAGCCAGGCCAGGGAAAAGUUGGCGCUCUACGUGUACGAGUAUUUGCUGCAUGUGGGGGCUCAGAAGUCUGCACAGACCUUCCUGUCGGAGAUACGAUGGGAGAAGAACAUCACACUGGGGGAACCUCCAGGAUUCCUGCAUUCUUGGUGGUGUGUAUUCUGGGAUCUCUACUGCGCUGCUCCAGAAAGGAGAGAGACAUGCGAGCACUCCAGCGAGGCCAAGGCUUUCCAUGACUACAGCGCGGCCGCGGCUCCCAGCCCCGUCCUCGGGAACAUUCCCCCAGGAGACGGCAUGCCAGUGGGGCCCGUCCCCCCGGGAUUCUUCCAGGGACCUCCAGGUUCACAGCCAUCACCCCACGCACAGCCUCUACCUCACAACUCAAGCCACCCCAUGAUGGGUCCCCACACACAGCCGUUCAUGUCACCCAGAUACCCCGGUGGCCCAAGACCCCCUCUCAGAAUACCCAAUCAGGCCCUGGGGGGCGUCCCUGGAAACCAGCCCUUACUCCCCACUGGAAUGGAUCCCACAAGGCAGCAAGGGCAUCCAAACAUGGGUGGGGCAAUACAGCGGAUGACCCCCCCGAGGGGGAUGGUCCCACUUGGCCCUCAGAGUUAUGGGGGAGCGAUGAGGCCCCCUCUCAACGCUCUGGGCGGCCCGGGGAUGCCUGGGAUGAACAUGGGUCCAGGAGGCGGCCGGCCCUGGCCAAAUCCCCCUAACACUAACUCGAUCCCUUACUCCUCAGCGUCUCCGGGGAGCUAUGUGGGUCCACCCGGAGGAGGUGGUCCACCCGGAACUCCCAUAAUGCCAAGUCCAGCAGACUCCACUAACUCCGGUGACAACAUGUACACUAUGAUCAAUGCGGUACCACCAGGCGGGAACAGGCCAAAUUUCCCAAUGGGUCCAGGAGCGGACGGCCCCAUGGCAGGCAUCGCUGGCAUGGAGUCCCACCACAUGAACGGCUCCCUGGGCUCUGCUGACAUGGACAGUAUCUCGAAGAACUCCCCUGGCAACAUCAGCAUGAGUAAUCAGCCCGGGACGCCUCGAGACGACAGCGAGAUGGGUGGCACCUUCCUCAACCCUUUCCAGAACGAGAGCGUACGUGAAAUAGCCUCCACCUGUCUGUCUGCGCACACGUACUCUCCAAACAUGACCAUGAGUGUGUGACUGACGCGGGGGAUGCUGGCUGCCGCAGAGUCCACGGCGACGCCAGGAGUAUGUGCUCAAGCUCAUUCUUUCUGCCUUCAUCUUCACUCCGAAGACAAUGGGUCCCGCCCUUCGUUUUUGCUCUUUCUUCCUUUGGUUCGGUUUUUUACACCGUCUACUUCACCAUUUUACUUCUACUCUGCAAAAAGACUUAAAAGACUGAACCAAACGUCAAGAUCCACAGAGCGAAAAGCGGCUCGGAAGAGUCUCAAUUGCGUCUCUAUAUUUAUAUAUUUGUGUAUAUAUGUGGCUAUGUAAGUCCCCAUACAUAUGCAUGUAUAUAGAAAUAAAGAUUCCCUCCUUGACCAUCAUCACAUGGACUGAGAAGAAUUUGGGAACCACGAAACAAGAGUCAGAAAAGCAUCGACACGAGAGCAGUGGAAACGGACUUAGACCUUUCGGUUUUGCAUUGUGCUUUAUUUGUGUUUGCGUAUUUCCGCCGUUUAGAUUUCCCGUUUCACGCAGAUGCGUUCGUCCCGUCCCGUGCUCACCGUCGAGGGAAGAACGGCGCGGGGCCGACUCCGCGCAACGAGAGACGUUUGUGGUCAAAUGGAAGAUGAAUGGGAUUUUAUCAGAUGCAUUUUAUCACGUGCGACAUUCACAUGAUGUAAAAAGCUUGUAAAAAGUACAAAGACUGCUAUAUGUGCUCAGACCUACAAUGACACCUGGAUUAAAAAAAAAAAAAAAAUCUGUCAGUUCAAUACAUAAGAAAACAUCUCUAUGACAUAAUUAAUGUGUUUUUUCCACUUAUAUAAUGUGUUUAUAAAAAAUGAACGCAAAGUGAUAUUGGUUUAGGUUUGUGCUUCAUUUCCGGUUUCCCGCAGCAUCCUCACUGGGGCGUUUCCUCACGGCUUCGGUGUCCGGCCGAGAAGCGUGUUCUGCACGUCCAGAAGUGGUUCUGUCGGAGACUCGGCCUGAUAGCCGGCGGUCCGUAGCCUCUGCUGCCAGCUACGCGGCACACGCUCUGUCGCGGCGGGUGUCGGGGCUGCCGCGCUCCUCUGCUCCCGUGCCCGUGGCGCGCCGGCCGAGCCCGUUCGCAAUCCCGUUCGCGCCCGUGCCGUCCGGGACGGGGGCGCCUUCCGCGGUCUCGCACCGCCGAAGGCGCCUCCCGGAAUUUAAAUCCGCAGCCUUUGCUUAAGAAGCCGGUUCCUUAACCACAGCUCUCCCUGCUGGCUCCGCCGUGUGCAACAUGAGCGCCCCCCCCCACAACCCUGCUCCAGAUCCACAGCGAGCUGAAGAAUCCCUCCCCCUCCGUUUCGUUGGCCAGGAACCGACAGCUCCGAGAAUCCGUCGAUGUUGAACCUUGAGGAAGGGCCGGGCUGCUGUAGGAAAAGCUCGUCUUCCCCGUCGCAGCGGAGAAGGGUUUUAGACCCAGCGUUUGUCUUUAUUUCAAUGUGCGUCAUCCGGAGAAACUGUGAUUUCUUUUCUUAACGUGUUCUUGGGAAUAGAUAACGAUGUCUCUUAUCAAAACCGUGGUCUACAAUAUAUUACGAUUAUUAUUUGCUGAACUUUUGUGAUUUUAAUGGUCUGUACUCUUUUUAUGCUGCAAAUUUCUAUUUUAUAGCUUCAGAA